GCUCCCGCACUCGCGGGCGGGCGGCGGGCGCGGGAGGAGUCCCCCCUUCCCCCGGGCGGAACAGCGCCCCCUAGCGGCGGCGCAUGCGCAAGGGAAAGCGGUCGCAGCGCGCAUGCGCGGCCCGCCAUGGCGGCUGAGCCUGAGGCCUUCCUGGUCCCGCCGCCUCCUUCUUCGUCUGCUGCCGUUACCGGAGGCCGGGAGGAAGAAGAAGAAGCUUCACCCGCCGUGGAGGCGCCCAGGCCGAGGAACGGCUUCAGGUCGGCGGGAGGAGGGAAGCGACGAAGCAGCUGCGGGGCCAAACAGCCGGCCUGGAAACGGCGUCGCCGGGCGGCUUCGGAAUGCGGCCCGGUGCUUCCCUCCGAGUUCCUUUUAGGGGGAAACAUCUUCGAUCCGUUAAACCUCAACAGUCUGUUGGACGAGGAGGUGAGCCGGGCCCUCAACGCCCGCACCCCGCAGUCCUCCCCCCUCCCCGCCCGCGGUCGCGACCCCGUCGAGAUAUUGGUCCCUCGUGAUAUCACCGAUCCCCUCAGCCUCAACGCACCCGGCGAGGGGCUGCGUUUGGCUUCCCCCGCCAAAACCACCCGCCGCCGCCAUCGUCACCGCGGCCAACAGCGAGGAGGAGCCGCUGCUGCCACCGUUGCCGCUGUCGCCUCCGUCACCGAUGAGGCUGCUUGUCCCCACGCCGUCCCCACCGCCACCCCGCCGCCAUGUGCCACCGCCACCGCCUGCCCCGGCCGCCAUCGCAAACGGCGACGGACUUGCAGUAAAUCGGAAGGAACCCGCCCCCCUCCGGAAAAACCCAAACCCCCCGGAAAAACCCAGCAACAGCGUCAACGUCACCAGGUCCGAAAGUUCCAAUACGGCAAUUACUGCAAAUACUACGGUUAUCGCAACCCCGACUGCGAGGACGGGCGGCUGCGAGCCAUGAGGCCGGAGUGGUUCGCGGGGAAGGAGGUGUUGGACGUGGGGUGCAACGUGGGGCACCUCACCCUCAGCAUCGCCAAACGCUGGGGGCCCGCCCGGGUGGUGGGGUUGGACAUUGAUGGGGGGUUGAUCCGUUCGGCCCGACAAAAUAUCCGGCAUUAUCUGUCGGAGGAAAUUCAAGCCGAAGCGGCGGCCGGAGCUGGAGGGGAGAACGGCGCAGGAGGAGGAGGAGGGGGGCGGAAGGGUUUUCCAGCCGCUCUCUUGGCCAGUCGGGGUCCCAUCGCCGCCCCCCGCCUGCCCCCCGACGGGCCCGGGGCUGCCGAUUUCCCUCACAACGUUGUUUUUGUCACGGGGAACUACGUGCCGGAGCGGGAGGAGGGGGUGCGCGCCCAGCGCCCCGAGUUCGACGUGGUGCUUUGCCUCUCGCUCACCAAGUGGGUGCAGCUCAACUGGGGGGACGAGGGGCUCAAGCGCCUUUUCCGCCGCGUUUACCGGCACCUGCGCCCGGGGGGGCUCCUGCUGCUGGAGCCCCAGCCCUGGGCCUCCUACCGCAAGCGCAAGGGGCUGACGGAGACGACCUACAGGAACUACCAGCGCAUCCGGCUGCGGCCCGAGCAGUUUCCCUCCUACCUGACCUCCCCCGAAGUGGGGUUCGACAGCUACGAAUUGUUGGGGACCCCCCAGCACGCGGCCAAAGGCUUCCAGCGGCCCAUUUAUCUCUUCCACAAGGGACGAGGCGACGCCUCCUGAACCCCCCGGACCCUGCGCCCCCCAAGUGUGGGGCAGGCCCUGCCGGGGGGAGCGGGGGGGAAGAGGGGCAGCCCCUCCCCGUGCCCCCCACCCCCCCCCCACCCCCCCA